CAGUAUUUGCCAUCAUUACUCCUCUGAAACUGACAGCAACCUUUCAAGAUUGCAGAUGCAUUGCUAAACCUAUGAAAUAAUAAAUACAGAACCUAUAACAAUCCUGUCAAUGGUCCCUCCUCUUGAGCAUGCUGGAGACAUCACUCACACACACACAGAUAAAAGACGUACGCCUGUGUUGGGCAGUUUAACAGAUGAAAAGGUGCAGCUGAGGCUCUACAAGUGGACACUGGUUGAUUUAGUUACAGCCUAGAAUCCAACAGCAGCAGAUUGUAUAAAGGUAAAAGAAAUCAUCAAACAGCCACAUCCAGGAUCAUCUGCACAAAAGACAGGUGAAAACUGACAUGGCGAAAAUGCCCAUUGGGAAACAAGAUGUGAUAAUCAUUGGAGGGGGCUUGUCGGGUCUUUCAGCUGCCAAACUCCUCACAGAGAGGGGCCUCAAUGUGGUGGUUCUGGAGGCUAGAGAUCGUGUUGGAGGAAGAACAUACACUGUUCAAGGUCCAGAGUUCCAGUAUGUUGACUUAGGAGGAGCAUAUGUUGGGCCCACGCAAAAUCGGAUUUUGCGUUUAGCAAAAGAGCUGGGUAUAAAUACAUACAAAGUUAAUGAAAAAGAACAACUGAUUCACUUUGUGAAGGGAAAGUCUUACCCAUUUAAAGGGCCAUUUCCUCCUAUGUGGAACCCUAUUGCUUACUUGGAUUACAACAAUCUCUGGAGAACUUUGGAUGAAUUGGGAAAGAAGAUUCCUGCAGAUGCACCAUGGAGUGCGGAACAUGCAAUGGAGUUGGACAACAUGACCAUGAAAGAGUUAAUUGAUAAACUUUGCUGGACAAGGUUGGCGAGAGAAUUUGCAACACUCUUUGUCAACGUGAAUGUAACUUCAGAGCCUUAUGAAGUCUCUGCUCUUUGGUUUCUGUGGUACGUGAGACAGUGCGGAGGGACAAGUCGGAUAUUUUCCACCACCAAUGGAGGCCAGGAAAGGAAAUUUAUUGGUGGUUCGGGACAAAUCAGCGAGCGCUUAGCUGAGCGAAUGAAGGAUUGUGUGAAGUUAAACAGGCCAGUGGUGAGAGUGGAACAAACUAAGGGAACCAUCCGUGUGGUGACAUUAUAUGGAGAGGAAUAUGAGGCUGAUUAUGUCAUCAGCGCUAUCCCACCAGCCCUCAUUCAGCAAAUUCACUACAGUCCUCCCCUGCCUCCAUUGCGAAACCAGUUGAUCCAGCGUGUUCCAAUGGGAUCCAUCAUCAAGUGUAUGGUUUACUACAGCCGGGCUUUCUGGAGGGAGAAAGGUUACUGUGGUACCAUGAUGAUUGAAGAUGAGGAGUCACCUAUUUCUCUGACACUGGAUGACACCAAGCCUGAUGGCUCCCACCCUGCAAUUAUGGGGUUUAUAUUGGCGAGGAAGGCUCGACUUUUACUUAGUCUCACCAAAGCAGAGAGGAAACAACGAAUCUGUCAGAUUUAUGCACGAGUCCUAGAGACAGAAGAAGCUCUAUACGCUGUUCACUAUGAAGAAAAAGACUGGUGUGAGGAGCAGUACUCGGGUGGCUGCUACACUGCAUACUUCCCACCAGGGAUGUUCAUUCAGUUUGGCAAAGUUCUACGUGAGCCAUUCGGACGAGUGUACUUUGCUGGCACCGAGACUGCCACCAAGUGGAGCGGUUACAUGGACGGAGCAGUACAGGCUGGGGAACGUGCUGCCAGAGAGGUGAUGUGUACCAUAGGAAUUAUUCCAGAGACAGCAAUCUGGACCCAUGAGCCUGAAGUUCAGGAGGUUCCAAGUCGACCAAUCAUUACAACAUUCUGGGAACAACAUCUGCCCUCUGUGCCAGGAUUUUUGGUGGUCCUCAGUGUUUCCACGUGUCUGACAGUUGCUGGUGUAAUCAUGUCCAGGAAAAUUUGUCUGCCCAGGGCUUGAAGAAGGGCAGCGGAUAGAAACUUGUUGUUGCAAAGAGUAAGUUUUCAGAUCCAUCAAUGGUGCCAUUUUGGAGCUGAUGUCAGAGUUUGAUAUCCAUUCAGGGCAGCUGAGGGCUGGGUUAUGAGAGUACACCAGACGGAUCACAGAUAUCAGAUCUCACAUUAAGGAGGGAUUUAUUACAUUCAAGACCAUUGAAGUUCAAAGUGUUUACCAAAUCCCUUGAUUUGUUUUCUUCUCAAUGCUGUCACAGUGACCUCAAAUCUGAUGAAUCGUUGUGAAGACAAUAAAAUACAUCAAGUGGUAGGGUUCUGAAACUGAGGAGCUAGUUCGCUGAAAUUAAAUUGUUUAGAAUUCAGUUCCCUGCAGUGAACAUCCAUCACUGACAAAAAGAGAACAAUAUUAACUCUUUUAAUUUUCUAGUGAGUGGCCUCAAUGUGGUUUCUGGCUCAAUUCUUCACUUUACAAACUACUGUCUAUAUAAAAAGAUAUUAUCUAAGAGGAUUAUGAAGUUCUCUAUUCCACAUUUAAUGCAUGAUUAUAAACCACUGACAUGCUGCUCUCCUAGUCAAUGAUACAAUCUAAACUGCUCGAUUAAACUUAUGGAAUACAGGGUUAUUUAGGUCUCAGCUUCCUUGGUGUAGGGAAAGGGCCAUUAGACAGGAUUCACACCUCCAAUGGUCCACCUCUGCUGGACAGUACAUAAUCUGGGUAUCAGAUGAGAGCAAAGUCAGCUCCCACAUGUAGAAUGCAGACUGCUUCAGAUUUGUAACCCUGAAUCUUCAGGAAAGAAUCAAAGAAAAUGGUAGCAACCUAAUCAGAAAAAAUAUUCUGAAAAUCAAGUAACAAAUGGCCAACGGUAAUAUUAAGCAGUUAAAAUGUUAUUUGAGAUGGCUGCAUGUUCCUUGAAUGACCAGCAGUGAUGAACUGGUCAUCCAGAUCCCCAGGUAAUGAGCCUGGGCAUGUAGCUUCAAAUGUCUUCAUGGCUGCUGGUGGAAUUUCAAUUUAAUUAAUACACCUGCACUAUAGGGCUCACAAUAAAUCUCAGUAAUCCAUAAAACUAUUAUGAAAUCUUGUAAAAGCCCACCUGGGGUACUGGAACCAUAGAAAAUUUACAAUACAGAAAAAGGGCAUUUAACCAAUCUUAUCUGUGCUGUUUAAAUAAACACACCAGCCAUUUUAAUCCCACUUUUAAUAGUUGCAUCUGCUCUGUACCUUGACACAUUAUGUUACUUCACAUAUAGAUCCAAGUUUCUUUUAAAGGAAUUGAAAGUUUCUGCCCAAACUCUAGAGACCUAUGACACUCUUCCUCAAGCCCUCUUUAGUAUUUUUAAAAAAUUUCUUAAAUCAGUGCCCCGAUAACCAACUCUCUGCUAGAGGAAACAGGCCUUGCCUGUCCAGUCAAUCAAAGAUCUUCAUCUUUUUGCACACAUUAAUUACGUAACUCCUUAGUCUUCUCUAAUCUGACAAAAAUACGUCUGGUUUGUCCAAACUUCCCUCAUACAUGUAAUUUUUGAGCCCUGGCAACUUUCUUGUAAGUCUCCUCUGUACUCUCUCUGGUACAAUUAAGGCCAUCCUGCCAUGUGGUGUGCAGAACUGUACAAAAAUCUCCAGCUCAGAGAGAGCAAGAACUGCAGGUGCUGGAUUCAGAGUCAACACAGUGUGGAGCUGGAAGAAUAAGGUACG